CAUUUCACGUUACGUUACCAGUUCGCACGCGACAGCCGAGGUGUCUGGUACACUUAUUUUAAGCGUUUUUCUGAAAGGAAUUAUUUCUCAGGCAAAAGAAAUAAUGCGGCAUGUACUGCUUUUGCUCCUUGGAGCUCAUCUUGCCUAUGCUGGAACACACUCUCUGAGAUACUUCUACACUGCUGUGUCUGGAGACAUUGACUUCCCAGAGUUCACAGCGGUUGGUCUGGUUGAUGAAGGGCAGUUUGUGUACUUUGACAGCAACACAAUGAAAGCUGUGCCAAAGACAGAGUGGAUCAGACAGAAUGAGGGAGCAGAUUACUGGGACAGAGAGACUCAGACUUUCACUGGCACACAUCCAACCUUCAAAGUCGACAUCCAGACGAUAAAGGGACGCUUCAACCAGUCAGCAGGUGUUCAUACAUGGCAGCAUAUGUACGGCUGUGAGCUGCAUGAUGAUGGCACCAAACGAGGAUACGCACAGUUUGGUUAUGAUGGAGAGGACUUCGUCAGCUUUGAUAAGAGCACCCUCACCUGGACCGCUGCUAAUCCUCAAGCUGUCAUUACCAAACACAAAUGGGAGGCCACUGAAGCACAGGCAAACAUCUAUAAAGAAUAUCUGGAGAACACAUGCAUAGAGUGGAUAAAGAAGUAUGUGAGAUAUGGGAAGGACACUCUGGAGAGAAAAGUUUCUCCUCAGGUGUCUCUGCUGCAGAAGUCUUCCUUGUCUCCAGUCUCGUGUCAUGCUACAGGUUUUUACCCCAGUGGAGUAACAGUCACCUGGCAGAAAAACGGACAAGAUCAUAUUGAGGAUGUGGAUCUGGGACAACUUAUUCCCAAUGAGGACGGGACCUUUCAGGUGACGAGCACCAUCACAGUUACACCUGAUGAGCUGAAGAACAACAAGUUCAGCUGCGUGGUGGAACAUCAGGGCGAAACCAUCAGCAGCAUUCUGACGGAGGACAAGAUCAAAACUAACUACGAUUCUUCAGCUUCUGUUCCCAUCGGCAUCAUUCUUGGUGCUGUUGCUGGUGUCCUCCUGUUGAUUGUCUCUGGUGUUGCUGGGUAUAAGGUCUAUCAGAAGAAGAAAGGCUUUAAACCUGUCAAUGCGUCUGAUGAUGGUUCAAACAGCUCAGCUCAUUCAGAUCCAAAAGCAUAAAGAUGAGACCAGAUGAGUGCAAGAGAUGAAGUAAAAAUGAUGCUUAUCCUGCUGUCCAUCGUGCUUAUAACACACAAACACACACUUUCUCUCUCACACACACACACACACGGGAUCAUAGAUUUCAGUGACAGGAUUGAUUUAUAUUAGGGUUCUACAUUAAUUACAUCUGCAAAGUUUUUGUUUCAUCACACUUUAUGCUCAUCUUCUGUUUUUCUUUAAUUGUUUGAACUUGUUCAUUUUAAGAUGACACGUUGAUCUCAGAACUUAAUUGUAAAAUGUAUAUAUUUCUCUUUGGUGACAAAACCAGAGAAAACCAAGAAUGCAAAUAAUUGAUUUGCAAGUUUGAUCAAUUUGCAGGAUUUGUGAUAUCAGUACUGACUGUGAAAAAAGAGAAACUUGUGAAUGUGUUUAUAGUCAGUCAGAGUAUAUUAUAGCAGUCGCAUGAGAUGAGGGAAAUAAAAUAUGAAAUAAAUCAGGGGAAGGCUAACAAGUCAUGGAAAACUUCAAAUAACUAACUCUGGAUGAACUGUGGAAUUGGACUAUUUCAUCAAUGACAUUAGACAAUAUGUAGGCUUCAUAUUUUAUUUCUUGAAUGGGAUUAUUGGGCUUUUUCUGUUUGUAUACUUUUUUGUUGUUGUUUGUUUUACAUAAUUUAGAUAAGUUGAACUACAGAAUAAUAUUGAUUCUUGUAAUGUUUAAGAUACUUUACUAAUUAACUUUGACAUGAACAUCUGUACAGUACAGUAAACUAUAGAUAUUUUCCUUGAUUUGAGGUUACUAAAUCUAAAUUAAGUUACGUGGAUAUUUUUGUAUAUUGGUUGCCUUCAAAACAUUGUAAUCUUAUUUUGAUUCUUUAAAAAUAAAUAAACUUCACAAAAA